AUGCGCAUCCUCCCCUCACUAGCAGCCGCAGCUCUGCUCCUCAUACCCCCAGCAAUCGGAAUUCCAAAUUCCACACCACCAGGCAAAGAUGCCAUUCUCCUCUCAAACGUGCAAACCCUAACCCUCCGCGCCCACCGCAUGACCAGUUCACGACGCACCGCGGCAAUCCCGCAACUCAGCUGCGCCGGCCCCUCAAAACAAAUAUGCAACCUCUACCAGCCCGAAACAAUGCGCUGCACGAACCAAGGCUAUGAUUACGACGCCGAAGACGUGCAGUGGACGUGCACGGCUAAUCUGCCGCCGGAGUUCAAGCUCGGCGCAACGGACGUCAUAUGCGAGGGGUAUCGGAGUGCAGACGAUAAGUGGGUGCUGAAGGGGAGCUGUGGAGUUGAGUAUCGACUGCUCUUGACAGACGCUGGGGAGAAGAGGUUCGGAAAGAAGGGCUAUGGGGAUGAGGAGUGGGCUUGGGGUGCUGCGAGAGGGUAUAAGGGUAUGGCGGGGUACCGGAAGAUCAUGGCUGUGCUAGGUGAUUUGAUUUUCUUCGGGUUUAUCUGUGCUGUGUUUGUCAUGAUUUUCUGGCCCAUGUUAGCUCGGCUUCUCGGGUGGGGAAAUCGUGGUAGAGGCGCUGGCCGCGGAUGGGGAGGGUUCUGGGGAGGAGGCGGCGGCGGCGGAGGAGGAGGUGGUGGUGAUGAUCCCCCACCUCCGUACAGCAGUUUCGAUCCCCGUAAAACCGCCGCACGGCAGCAGGGCUGGUCACCUGGGUUCUGGACUGGAGCGCUGGGUGGUGCGGCGGCUGGUUAUCAGAUGGGGAGACGAGCGGAUAGUGGAUCACGAUGGGGUUCGUCGAUGGGCAGGUCUGAUCGCUAUGACCCGGGCGAAGGUAGCUCGCGCUCCCCGCCGCAGUUCUCGUCUACGACUGCUAGUACUGGCUUUGGGUCGACGAGGCGCAGGUGA